AUGUCGGACUAUCCAGGUGCUUGUCCUCAGAACCUCGCCCCGCCAAGUUUGGUUGUCCACGGCGACAGCGACGACGAUUUCGACUUUGCCAAUCGUGACGUAUCCAACGACUUCGGCGUCAACCCCGAUAACGACUCCAUCGCCAUCAACCGCCAACUCAAUCGCGACGCUGCCGCUCAGAACUUGGCUACUUCGAAUUCACUCUUUCCUUCCUCGACCGCCGCGUCCUCUUCCUCCCUAUCACUCCCAACCAUGAGCGCCGAAGAUGAAGCAGGGGAUUCUCCUGCGUCCCCUGGCUUCAAGAACCCUUUCAACUUCCAGACACAAGUUUACUCUGCAGGUCCAGUCAAAUCGAACAUUGGACAACGUCGUGGUCACAGAUACAAGCACAGUAGUAUCUCCUCCCAACAUCAGAUCUUCAAAGAGCCGCCUCAACGGCCACCUCCAGUACUCCCCGCUUCCCUACCCAUCCCAACCGUCCGCGAAGCCUGGAAGAGCAUGACCAAGGAUCAGCGUAUCCAUUGCUAUUGGAGUAUGUGCCAUCUUGCUGUGGCCACAUACAUCUUCUUCCGCUCGGAGGGAUCUCUUGCUACUACAGCCCUGUCACAUCUUGUCUUCUUCGACGCUGGCAGUGCUGCAGUUUGUGUCAUGGUUGAUGUGCUUGGCAAUUUUGAGGUUUGGCGUCGCAGCAGUAUUCGCCAUCCUUUUGGUCUUGAAAGAGCAGAGGUUCUUGCUGGGUUUGCCAUGUCUGUCUUCCUCCUCUUUGGAGGCUUUGAUCUGAUCUCGCACACACUGAAGCAUUUUCUUGAGUCUCUUGGUAGCCACGAGGCGCAUCAUGAACACGGCCAUGAGGGCCCGGAUGGCUCUAUCGACCUUGUGUCCGCUACUGCUAUGGUGAGCACACUCGUCUCGGCAUACGGCCUUCGAAACCAUGCACGCAUUGCCAAACUUAUGCGUGUUUCCUACCUUGCUUCUCUCCCGAGCGUACUUUCAAACCCUUUCCACUUCCUCACACUCUCCUUCUCCGCUGUCAUCGCUCUUCUUCCGCUCCUCUCCAUCUCGCUCUACACAUGGCUAGAUCGUCUCAUCUGUGUCGUUAUCGCAUUUGCCAUGUUUGCCUUGGGAAUGCGACUCGCCGUAGCACAGGGUCUUAUGCUCCUCAUGUCCUACGGUGGCACCGGGGGUAACAACAGUGUCAGUGCUGUUCUCAGGGAGAUUGAGACCGAACCCAGUGUUGUUACCAUUGAUGAUGCCCAAUUUUGGCAAGUUCAUUAUGGACUUUGCAUGGCCAACCUCAAGCUUAGUGUCGUCAAGGGAUACGAUGAAAUGUCACUCAGCAAGCUGCGACAGCGAAUCUCGGGGUUGAUCCAGAACAGACUUGGUGAAGGCUAUGGCUACGGCGGUAGUAUUCGAUGGGAGGUGACGUUACAAAUGAGCACUGACGGCAGCACAUAA